AUGUCGAUCUUUAAGCUAAAGCUUACUAAAGCUUACUUUAUCGACAAUCUUAACAAAGGUUUUAUCGAACCUUUAACAGCGCUAUUUGCAGCUCUAGUCCUAUUUGCUAAGAAGCAAAACGGUUCCUUCCGCUUUUAUAUUGACUUCCGCGCGCUAAACAACUUUACUCGUAAAGAUCGAUACCUUUUCUUUUUGAUCGAUAAGACUUUCGCACGUCUUUUAAGAGUUAAAAUCUUUACGAAACUCGAUAUUCGUAGAUCCGGACAAGACGUCGAUAGUAGAGCAUUAAGCGCCUUUUACGACCGUUAA